AUGCUGAGCACACAUUUUCCGGGCUGUGAAGAGGUGACAGAGACAGAUGAGCAGUUAAGCCGGGAGGAGGCCGACUGGGAGGGAGCAGCGGAAGUGGUGGAGGAGAGCAGGAUAGAGUGGGCGCUCUUCUCCUUUGCACCCUUCAAGUCUGCGGGUCCGGACGGAGUCCUACCGGUACUACUGCAGAAAGGGUAUGAGCACAUAAAAGACGACCUACUGGAACUAUACAGGGCAAGUAUUGCUCUCAGAUACAUUCCAAAGGUGUGGAGAGAGGUAAGGGCGGUCUUUCUACCUAAACCAGGCAAGAAAUCAUAUCAAGAGGUCAAAUCAUUUAGAAGCAUAAGUCUAUCGUCUUUUGUCCUAAAGACCCUAGAGAAGGUGAUGGACAAGCAUAUUAGAGAGAAGGUCAACUGCAGUGAACACCCGAUUCACGGGAAUCAGCAUGCAUAUAUGGCUGGGAAGUCAACGGAGACGGCUCUUCAUAACCUAGCUGUGCGGGUAGAAAGGGCACUAGAAUCAAAACAGUACGCUCUAGGCUGCUUCUUCGACGUGGAGGGGGCCUUUGACAGGGCUACUUUCCAGGCCGUUGAAGAGAGUCUAGAGAGAGAAGGCAUCCGACCGACAUUAGCGCAGUGGAUAGGCAGUAUGCUUAGGUGCAGGUCUAUAACGGCGGAGUUGGGAGGUACAACAAAGACGAUUAGUCCCAGGAGGGGGUUCCCGCAGGGAGGCUGCUUGUCACCCUUGAUGUGGUGUCUACUCCUGGAUUCUAUGGUAAGAGAACUCAACAGGGGAGGCUUGUAUAUGCAGGCCUACUCUGAUGACGGAGUACUACUGGUGAGAGGUAUGGUCCUUAGUGUCAUGAGGAACAUAAUGGUAAGAGGUCUCAGGCAGGUACUGGGAUGGUGUAGAGGGAGAGGACUGGAUCUCAAUCCGUCGAAAACUAAGCUGGUGUUAUUCACUAACAAGAGGAAAAAAGAGAUGGAACCCAUAAAGAUAGAGGGUGUAGAAUUAGAAAUGGUAGACGAGCUCAAAUAUCUGGGUAUUACUCUUGACAGUUCACUCAGAUACGGGACUCAUAUCAGAGAGCAGACGGCUAAGGCCAUAAGAACGCUGUAUCAAUGUAAAAGGGCAGUGGGGAAGAACUGGGGACUGAAGCCGGGUAUGAUCCACUGGAUUUACAAGGCUAUUAUCCUACCCAGGGUGCUAUAUGGGGCAGUGAUCUGGUGGCACAGGACCCAUAUUGGAGAAUAUCGGAAGAAUCUGACAAAAGUACAAAGACUAGCCUGCCUCAUGACGACGGGGGCUAUGAGAACCACCCCGACUCAUGCUAUGGAGGUGCUGAUAGGCUUAAAGCCCCUUUGGAUUGAGGCAGAGAAGAGAGCCAUGGAACAGUGGUACAGAAUGAAAGCAUGUAAGGAAUGGAGAGGAAGUUGUGUGGACAAGAGACAUGCAAGAGAGGCACUAUCAAAACUAGAAAUGCUGAUGGCCAAUAAUGACCUCAUAAAGAGGGAGGAGAUUUUCGAUAAGAAGUACAGGGUACAUAUAGGAGAAAGAGACAACUGGAAGGUAGGGGUCGUGCACCCAACGACUAUAUGCUUCACAGAUGGCUCUAGGAGAAGCUCUACAAAGUUAGCAGGGGCGGGAAUAGUAAUCCCGAAACUAGGAGAAAAGGUGUCAAUACCACUAGGGAGAUACACUAGCGUGUUUCAAGCAGAGGUAUGUGCCAUAGCGCGCUGUGCACGUAUAAUAAAAGAAAGUGACAUACAAGAUGGAGCCGUGGUAAUAUACACUGAUAGCCAAGCGGCGCUAAAGGCUCUGAAGAGAAUAUCGGUGACCUCGUCCCUGGUGAAAGAAUGUAGGGAAGAGCUCAACUCGAUAAGCAAGGAUAGAAGUGUAACGGUUGCGUGGGUACCGGGACACCAGGGAGUUACAGGUAAUGAGAAAGCGGACGAGUUGGCAAGGGCGGGGGCGGAGACGGAAUUCUUGGGUCCGGAACCGGCUCUGCCGAUGUCAGCUGACGUCACGAAAGGAGUCAUUGAGAAGAUAAAAGAGAUGGAAGCACAAAGAGACUGGGAAAAAGAGACCAGUUGUAGACAAACGAAGAUGAUGAUAGAAGGUAGAGACCAAAGGAGAACUAGGUAUCUUUUGAAACUAGCGCUCGCAGUUGAGACUUUGGGUCCCUGGUCGGCCGAUAUGAAAUCAUUCAUGGGGGCACUGUCGGCACGGCUGGUCGACACCACAGGGGACCCCAGGGCUGGCGCGUACCUCUGUCAACGCAUCUCACUUGCGAUACAAAGAGGUAACGCCGCCAGUGUCAUGGGGUCCAUGCCGCAAGCCGACCUACUGGAAGGGAGCAACGUCAGUCGGUUCGCGGCAGGCGCCCGGAGCAGCCGGCCGCCACCCCGCCGCGCGAACACGCCGGGAGCCUUUGUAAUGACUCUGACGUCCAACGGUGUGAAACGGCUAACGCUCACGCUGUCACCGGUACAUUCAACUGAUAUGCUCUAA